AAGAGAGCAAAGAUGUUAAAUCAAGCUGUUGUCGAAGCAUUAUAUUCUGCAACGUAUAUCGAGAAUUAUUUAGACUGUGUGGAAAACUUGCCAAAUGAUUUACAGAGACAUGUAUCCCGGCUACGUGAGCUGGAUGCCACUUGUCAAACAUAUUUGCGAGAGGUAGACCAACAACAAGAAGCAUUAAAGAAUGAUACGGAUUUAGCAGUUAAAAGAAGAGCACUUUUAAGAGUUCAACAAGCAUUAAUUGCAGCACAAGAAAUAGGAGAUGAGAAAUUGCAAAUAGUUCAACAAGUUCAAGAUCUCAUUGAAAAUAAAUCUAGGCAGCUAGACUUAGAUUACCGUAAUCUUGAUUUUGGAAAGGAGCAAGAAAGUAACGAAUCAGUUCGUGAAACAAAUGCUAAUAUAAAUUCUAACUCUUCUGCUAAUGCAAACAACACAGAAAGACAACCAAAAAGAGCCAGGAGAACAAGAACAGACACAAUGGUUGAAUCUUCCAAUACUAUGGACAUGAUUGUGAUGACAGAAACACGUUCUAAUUCUUUGUCAAAUGCAAGUAAUGGUAAUCAAAAGAAGACAACUACUACUAAUACAGGCAAAAAGAAGAAAAGGAAAUCUAGACAAGGUAAUCAGCAAAAUCAGCAUCGUGAAGAUACUCCACCACCACUAGAAGAUGAUCUUGCAAUUGACCCGGACGAACCAACGUAUUGUCUGUGUGAUCAAAUAUCAUAUGGAGAAAUGAUAUUAUGUGACAAUGAUUUAUGCCCUAUAGAAUGGUUCCAUUUUUCAUGUGUUUCAUUAAGUACCAAGCCCAAAGGCAAGUGGUUCUGUCCAAAAUGUAGAGGGGACAGGCCAAAUGUUAUGAAACCCAAAGCACAAUUUUUAAAAGAAUUAGAAAGGUAUAAUAAAGAAAAAGAAGAGAAAUCGUAGCAGGAGAAGGUUAGUGAACAAUAUAAAUACAUUGGAAGACUUAAUUCAAAUUAAAGACAGCUUUUAAGAUAUACCUUGUAAUAUUAAGUGCUUUUUAAAAUCUUAUUAAACAGAGCGACUUGUGGCAACCAAUGAAAUGGGUCUAUCAAUAAUUUACUUACUUACAGCAGCAGAUAAAUUAUAUUUGUACAAUAUCUGCUAUUGUAAAUACUGUAACAACAGUAAAUAAUUAGAGUAAAAUAGAAAUUUUGAGUGCUGUAAAGUAUGUUUUAAAAUUGCUUCAUACUUGUUCAAAGUAGAAAGCUUACUGAGCUUCUACACACAUUAAGCAAUAUAUAUAUAGUAUAUAAAUACCACACAGAUGUAAAUAUCUACGUAAAUACAGAAUGGUAAAUAUCUAAAAUAUAUAUUUCACGUUCAAAUUACAAUAGCAGUAUUAAAAGACAGAAAGUAACUUUUGUAAUAUAAAUUAAUUGUGUCAUAAAUAAAAUAACUUAAGAUCAAUAUCUUUUUUAAUCGAUUCAUAUUAUGAUACAUAAAAUUUUAUUGUUAACUACCAUUAAUUCACUAUGUAUUAAGUUACACUUAUAAAAUUUUGUUGUAUUAUUUGCAAAGUGUAUAUUUAUACAUAUAAGUAACAUAAAUUCUUAUGGUUACUAUGAUUUAUAAAAUUUACAUGUAUAAAUGAAGAUUACAGAAUCUCUAGACAAGAAUUAUAUGUACAAUAUCGUUUUAUAUGUCAUUCUCUUUACCGACGAUAAUUUACUUUGUACAAAUGAAUUCUCCCUGAUGUACAUAUGAUGUUUUUAAAGCAUGAAUUCUCUUUGAUACGUAAUAUGUAAUAUAUUUAAUAAGCUAUAAUUUUUCAUAGCUGAGUAGAAGCUCGAAUAUAUAGCAAAGCAAGUUGUUUUGCAGAAACAAUUUACAUGCUUUAUAUAACUAUAGAAAAAAUUUUUUUAUUGGACGUGUUUAUAAAAAAACAAUUUUAAUGUUUUUAUUAAAUUUAAUAAUUUUUAA